CCGCAGCAGCAGCAGUAGACGGUUCGGUACCAGAGCAGCAACAUGGAGGAGUAUCCGUCCAAACAAGCUACCGAGAACCUCGACGACCCGCCCAACAGCCGCCUGUUCGUGGUCACCAGCCGGUCCAUCACCGAGGAUGAGCUCCGGGAGAGUUUCAACGGGUUCGGGGACAUCCAGGGGGUCUGGGUGGUCAAAGAUAAGCAGACGAAGGAGUCCAAAGGGAUCUCGUACGUCAAGUUCGCCAAGUCGUCUCAGGCCUGCCUGGCCAUGGAGGAGAUGCACGGAAAGGUUCUGGUGGAGGGGACGAAGCCCAUCAAGGUGUUUAUCGCUCAGUCACGGUCAUCUACGAGGCACCGAGACGUCGAGGAUGAAGAACUGACCAGAAUCUUCGUCAUGAUCCCUAAAACCUUCUCAGAGGAGGACCUGAAAAACACAUUCAAAGAAUAUGGAGAUAUUGAGUAUUGCGUGAUCAUCAAAAAUAAGUUCACCGGAGAAAGUAAAGGACUCGGCUAUGUGAGAUACUACAAACCUUCCCAAGCUGCCAACGCCAUAGAAAACUGUGACAAAACCUACAGGGCGAUUCUGGCUGAACCUCGAACCAAAGCUACAGUCACAGAAGAUUACAGUGGAGGAGGAGGAGGAGGCGGAGGAGGAGGAGGAGGAGGAGGAAGAGGAGAUUAUUCUGUCGGAGGAGACAACAUGAACCAGUACUCCUUCCCCAUGGGCGAUCCCGUCAACUACCCGGUGAUGGAUUACCGCUCCGGUGACUUCACUCGAUGCCUGAUGAUGUCCACCCGGGCGGCUCUGACUCAGGAGCAGAUCUUCGCCCUGUUCGACCUGAUUCCUGGGAUGGAAUACUGUGAGCUGCAGAGAGACGCCUACGGGAUGAGCAAAGGUCACGCUCUGAUUCGCUACAGUAAUCUGGGAUCAGCAGUUUACGCCAAGGAGAAGUUGAACGGCUUCGAGUAUCCACCUGGAAACAGGCUGGCCGUAAAUUUUGUGGACGACGGAGAAGAUCGCAGCAGUCCUGUAGGUCGGAUGGCGAUGCAGUUUGUUGCAGCUCAGAUGAUGUCGUCAGUGUGGAACGGACCUUCGACCAGCCAAGUGAUGAAACCUCCUAACUUCCCUGCCGUCUCUCAGAUGUCUCGGAUUCAGACUGACGUCAGUCUGCCGCCGCUGAAGAAGCUGGCUCCUCCCGACAGCAAGGCCAAGGAGCGUCUGUUCGUGGUGUUCAGUCCGUCUCCGCUGCCGCCGGACGUGUUGGAAGACGUCUUCUGCCGCUUUGGGUCCCUCAUCGAGGUCCAUCUGGUUCCAGGAAGGAAAGUCGGAUACAUGAAGUACGCAGACAAACAGUGUGCAGAUGAAGCCAUGGCGAUGCUCCAUGGUCACGUCGUUAACGGAGUGAAGAUGAAGGUGAUGCUGGCCGAUCCUCCCAGAGAGGAGUCGCACAAACGUCCUCGGACCUACUAGGACCGACCCAGCGGCGACUGUUGUCAUGACACAAUGACACCUGACCUGACAGACCGACCGACAUCAAGACCUCCACGACCUCUGACACGACCUUUGACACCUGUCUGACCCGACUGCUGGUCAGUGACUAUAGAACCACAGCUACCGGAGUCUUAAUCAACGUUCAUGUGUGUCUAGUCUGCUCUCUGUCCUGCUUCUAAGUGCUUAGUUUUAACGUCGACUGUUUGAGGAAGACUUGAUUUAAAGUCUGAGAGUCUCCAGAGUCAGUCUGUGGUUCAGGUGGAAGGCAGUGCUUUAAUUUCUAAACCUGUACGCAGGAAGUUUCUUAUUUCUUCUCUGUAAACUCACGUAGAGCUCCGUUAUAAGAGGUGUUUACUCGACUGUGAAGUUUCUUUUUUUGGACUCAAUAAAAUGAACGGUUCAACGCCA